AUGGGCGCCCGCACUCUCCUUCCCCUCAUCCUGCUCCUCGUCUUCGUUGGCAUUGUUGCCGCGGUCGGGUUCGUCGUCUACAGCAUCGUGCAGGAUGUAGGCAAAAACACGCGCGCAAAGAUGGAGCGCAAGAAUAUUGCUCUCACCAGGGAUGGCAUGAAAGUGCAAGUAAGGGAGGUCAAAGAUGAGGCCUACAAGGACCGGACCCAGAGUGUCCUCUUCAACAUGUGGAACCACACUUCCUUCCCCGCUUACAAGAGCCGACUUUGGGAUAUGACUGGCUCAUCUUCGACGGAGCAGACGAAGGAUGCUGAGAAACGCAAGUUUCGCAGUAACACCACUUCUCUGCUCGCGAUUUACCCUGGACAUAUUUUCUGCCUCUAUUUCCAUUUCAUCUACAAGUUUCAUCGCAUGCUCUAG